AUGAGUGAAAGUGCAACACCACGUUUACCGUCGAGUGAAAUUCAGCGACGAAACAUUCUUGACGCGCUCACUGGAUCACAUAUUAAACAAGACGACGUAGUGGAUCGUAUCCCGACUGUUGCCCAGCAGAAGGCUUCACAACAGGCAUUAAUCACCGAGCGCAGAAUGGCACAAAGUUUAGAGGUUCUGUUAGAUCGGCAAGCGUUGCUAACAGAGAAGUUACUGCGUAUGCGUGAUACACUUCAGGAGGAAACCAUUAGCGUUCAUCUUCUUAAACUUCAUGUAGAGACACUACGUCGGACAGCGGACGAAUUCGAAAAAGUGUACUCCGAAAUAAUUCCUUUGCUUGCGAAAGAACGACGUGCAGCAACUCGGAUUGAGUACUCAAAUUUCGAAUUAAUACAUAACGAUAUAUACGUUACGUUGCAGACGAGAAUCGAACAACUAGAUCAGCAAUCUAAAGUGCAAGGAUGUCGAAACAUUCCAUCGACUGUUUCUUCAUUGGCUCCGGUAGCCCCUGUGUACGUGCAAGCACCUGCACCUCACUUGCAAGCUCCAUUCCCGACGUUUAACGGUACUCUGGACAAUUGGUACAGCUUCAAAUGCUUGUUUCAAAGUAUCAUGGCGAGAUACACAAACGAAACUGACGCCAUGAAGAUUCUUCAUUUGCGAAACUCAUUGACGGGGGAAGCAAAGGACAAAAUAGACCAGGAAGUGGUUAACAACAGUGAUUAUGCAACAGCGUGGAAGAUUCUGGAAGAUGCCUAUGAAGAUAAACGCUUAAUUAUGGAUACUCACAUUGACGCUAUCUUAGAAUGCCAGAAAAUCACGAAGGAUAAUCGUAGUAGAUCGUUAUCAAAGAUGGUUGAGCUUUGCGUGAAACAUACGGAUGCCUUGAAGGGUCACGGAUUUCCAGUCGUAGGUUUGGCAGAGCUAAUACUUGUGAACGUACUCUAUAAAAAGCUUGAUAAGGAGACACAGGAGCAAUGGGAGACCAGGUUGGGUAACGAUGAGCUUCCAGAUUUUCAUGAAUUCAUCGAUUUUUUGCGUGAACGAGGACGUAUUCUACAGCGAACAAGUCGAUCCCAACAAGUACUUGGACAUCAAGCAGCAAUAUGUCCAAAUAAGCGGCAACCAGUCAAUCCAAAAUCUCACUUGCCUUCUAACUCAUUCGUACAAAUAGCAAAGGAGAUUUGUCCAUGUUGUAAAUCGGAGCAUUCUAUUUACAAAUGUGAGAAAUUUAAAGCGUUACCUCUGUCUGAGCGAAAAGCAUUUGUAUUCAAGGUAAAAUUGUGCUUUAAUUGUCUGAAAUCCAAACAUCAGGUCAACAAGUGUCCGUCGGAGCAAGGUUGUAAGAUACAAGGGUGUGGUCGUAAACACCACAGCUUGCUUCAUGGAAAUGACUCUUCCAAUACGGCAAACUCAGGAAAGGAAGAAAACGGUGAAAUUCAUGAAACGGAGUCUAACGACCAGUCUCAGAAGCAGCAGACGGCUCCGGAUAAUCGAAAUUGUGCAACAAGUUUGUGUGCUAACAGCAGUGGUUUUAGGCACCAAGUUAUAUUGUCGACGGCGCAAGUAUUGGUGCAUGGACGAGGUGAUUCACUCGUGAAAUGCCGUGCUCUAUUGGAUUCUGGGUCCGAUAGUAAUAUCAUAAGCGAAAAGUUGGCAGCGAAACUAAACCUAAGGAUGACAUCCGUGGAUUUUCCUAUCAGCGGUUUGAACAAUAUCGAGACUCGAGUCAAGCAUCAGCUAGCGACUAGUUUCCAUUCCUGUAACAAUCCAUUUGAAUCAAAAAUCAUGGAUUUUCUUGUAGUUCCUCGUGUUACCUCAAACCUACCGAUAUUCAAAAUUGACUCUCGAUCGUGGUCAAUUCCAGCUGGUAUACGAUUUGCUGAUCCAUUGUUUUACUCCCCAGGCGAGGUUGAUAUGAUCAUCGGGAAUGAAGUAUUUUUUGAUCUUGUCAAAAGGGGCCGUCUGAAACUCGGAGACGACGGCAUUACGCUGGCUGAAACGGAAUUAGGAUGGGUUGUAGCAGGCUUGGUACCAAUCAAGACUACUGUUUCUCAACGGCACAUGUAUCAGCUGAACCGCAGUCAGGAAUCACUGAAUCAAACGAUGUCUAAAUUCUGGGAGUUGGAAAACGUUUAUACGGAAAAUUCAUUAACUGCUGAUGAAACCAUCGUUGAACAGCAUUUCGAAACUACUCACUACCGCGAAGUCUCCGGACGCUAUGUUGUCCGAUUACCAUUUAAUGGCAUGGAGGGUCAACUUGGUGACUCUUAUGAUGCCGCUCGGAAACGUCUCGACAAGCUAAUGGUCCAACUAGCGAAGAAUCCAGUUAAGCAAAAUGAGUAUUACAAUUUCUUGAGUGAAUAUUUAUCAUUAGGUCAUAUGACCGAAACUGUUGGGUGUACAGAUGGUGGUGGUUAUUAUAUUCCACACCAUGCUGUUUAUAAGGCUUCGAGUUCGACGACAAAAACAAGAGUGGUGUUUGAUGCAUCGGCCAAAACCACCACAGGUUUAUCGCUUAACGACACACUUUUAGUGGGACCCACAGUACAAAACGACAUCGUUUCGAUCAUACUCCGAUUCUGCAUUCAUCAGGUUGUUCUAACCGCCGACAUUUCAAAAAUGUACCGGCAAGUAAAGUUGUAUAAGGAUGACUGCAAAUAUCAGCGAAUCCUCUGGUGGAAUAGUGACGGCCAUUUGAAAACGUAUGAGUUGCAAACCGUCACAUACGGUGUUGCUAGUUCGCCGCAUCAUGCGACGAGAGUAUUGCUUCAACUGGCAGUAGACGAAGGUGCUGAUUUGCCACUCGCGGGGAGAAUUAUCGUAGAGGACAGUUACAUUGAUGAUUUUUUGACCGGUGGUUCGUCAAUUGAAGAAGUUAUUCGCAUCUAUUCUGAGUUAACUGAGCUGCUACGUCGUGGUGGCUUUGAAGUGCAUAAGUUUUGCUCAAACAGUGUCGAUGUUUUGAACUCUAUACCAACGGAGCUUCAAGAAAAACAAGUCAGCUUCGAUGAAUCUGGAAUAAGCAACAGUAUCAAAACUUUGGGAUUAAUCUGGAACCCCCAGGAUGACUAUUUCAUGUUUCGGACCAAUCCAUUCGACUGGCAGAAGGUGCCGACUAAACGUAAAGUGUUAUCGGAAAUUGGUCAGCUUUUCGAUCCACUCGGUUUCUUGGGUCCAAUUAUCGUGUAUGCAAAACUUGUAAUGCAGGACAUUUGGCGUCUCGGUCUUGAUUGGGAUCAAGAGCUACCGGCUGAACUACUGGAUAAAUGGAAACAAUUUCGACAGCAACUUACAGCCGUUAAUCAGAUUCAAAAGCCUCGAUGUGUGGUUAACGAUCGAGCCAGUACAUUGGAACUCCAUGGGUUCUCAGACGCCUCCAAACGAGCAUAUGGAGCGGUGGUAUAUAUACGAUGCAUCACUAAGGAAGGUACGAUCAACGUUAGUUUAGUGGCUAGCAAAUCGCGUGUUGCCCCACUCAAACCAACGACGAUUCCACGACUUGAGCUAUGUGGCGCCAAGUUGUUGGCAGAGCUGGUUCUGAAGGUGAUUUCUGCAAUAAAAAUUAGAUUUGAUGGUGUUCAAUUGUGGUGCGAUUCCCAAAUAGUGUUAUGUUGGUUGAGGAAGUCCCCUCAUAGUUUCAAUCAAUUUGUUGCGAAUCGCGUUGCUGCGAUUGUCGAAAUGACACAUGGCUACCAGUGGAGUUAUAUACGAUCGGAACACAAUCCGGCAGAUGUGAUAUCUCGAGGUCUGCUACCGAAUGAACUUUUGCAUAAUAAACAGUGGUGGUGUGGUGCACCGCUAUUAAGUGAAGAGAAUCCUGUUUCGUAUGAACUUGAACCGUUAGAUGAAUCUAAUAUUCCGGAGGUAAGGUCGGCCGUGGUGCUGACAGAAAUACGGUCGAAGCCGGCUAUCGUACUUGAUCGAUUGAGCAGUUACAAACGAAUUCUUCGAGCAUGGGUGUAUGUCCAUCGCUACAUUGAACUGAAGGUGUUUAAACGGCAGAAGUUCGGUGAAAUUACAUCCGAUGAAAUCAGAGAAGCAGAGAGGUCAAUUUUGUUACUUGUUCAACAUGAAGUGUUUAGCGAUGCUCGGAAGGUGUUAAAUUCGAAUUCCAAUCAACGGAUUCCAUUCCCCAAUUUGGCAUUGUUCAUUAGCGAAGACGGUCUGAUUCGAGUUGGUGGCCGCUUGAAACAUUCGGCGAUCCCUUACGACAGCAAGCAUCAAAUUUUACUGCCACAGAAACACCACAUCACAGAAAUAAUCACCCGCGAAUUACACCAUGAAUAUUUCCAUGUCGGACAGAAUGGACUUUUGGCUAUCGUUCGGCAACAUUACUGGCCAAUUCACGCUAAGCAAGUCAUAAAGAAGAUAGUGUCAUCGUGUCAAGUGUGCGCACGUCAGCGUCCUGUUCUUGGUGUACAGUACAUGGGGAACCUUCCAGAAGUUCGAGUGAACCCAUCGCCACCUUUUUCCAAGGUGGGAAUCGACUACGCUGGUCCAUUUAUGCUGAAAUUGGGAGGUCGUAGUACAAAACUCUACAAGGGAUACGUUGUUGUAUUCGUUUGUAUGGUGGUAAAAGCCAUUCAUUUGGAAUUGGUCUCAAAUUUGUCGACUGACCAAUUUAUAGCAGCGCUACAACGUUUUUCUAGUCGCCGUGGAUUACCAAGUGAUAUACAUAGCGACAAUGCAACUACGUUUGUCGGAGCACAUCAUGAGCUAGCAGCCCUGAGGCAAAUGUUCGAAGACCAACAGCAUCAAAUAAAAUUAGGCGAAUAUUGUAGUUCUAAGGGCAUUCGCUGGCAUUUCAUCCCCCCAAGAAGUCCACACUUUGGUGGGAUCUGGGAAGCGGGUGUAAAAUCAAUGAAAUAUCACUUGAAGAGAGUUGUUGGUGAGACACGACUUACCUUCGAGGAAAUGAGCACUUUUCUUGCCCAAACGGAAGCCAUUCUAAACUCGCGACCGUUGUGCCCGAUGUCUGAUGAUCCCAGCGAUUAUUCAGUUUUAACACCAUCUCAUUUUUUGAUUGGCCGAUCAGGUGUGGCUUUACCGGUGCCGUCUUACAAGGACGAGAAAGUGGGACGCCUGAAUAGAUACCAACACCUUCAGCUGAUGAAUCAACACUUUUGGAGUAAGUGGUCACGCGAAUACCUUCACCAUUUACAAGGCCGUCAAAAAUGGAACAAGAAAGUUAAUCAAAAUUACAAGGUUGGCUCUUUGGUCCUAUUAGUAGAGAAAAAUCUUCCAUCUCAGCAUUGGAAGAGAGGACGAAUUGUUGCUCUGCAUCCGGGCGAUGACAACAUUGUACGAGUAGUGGUAGUCAAAACAGCGAGUGGUGAAUACAAACGAGCAAUAACAGAGAUUGCUUUGAUGCCUUCUGUUGAAACUGAAUUAUCAACGGGGGGUGAAUGA